AGCACAAACACUGUUUAUCCUUCUUACUUGGGCAAUCGAAAUUUGCAGCGGAAAAUGGGUGCAGCAACUGGCAUUGGCGCACUCUCUCUGAUUCACUGUUUUUCCAAAUCCCACACGCUGUCUUUUGCAUCCUUCCGCACUCUCCCUCGCCUCACGUGCUCCUUCUCUUCCUCCAUCAAUUUCAACAUCUCCUUUGCUCCCCCUAAGUCCAAGCCCAAGCCCAAGCCCAACCCCGACCCCGACCCCCAACCCGACGUCUUUAGCGAGCCCGAUGGGCCGCUUCUCAUCCCGUGGAUCGUCCGAGGCGAGGACGGAAACCUCAAGCUCCAAUCCGAACCUCCCCCUAGCCUCCUCAAGGCCAUUGCCACCGCUCAAACCGGAACCAGAAAGGACAGCAACCAAACCAAAACCACUGCCGCCACUAGCAAACCUCAAAAGAUUCGCGCGACGGCGCCGCCGCAGUAUUCCAAAGCGGCGAGGCGGUUCUACAACCAAAACAUCAAGGAGUCCUCCGGCGCGCGUCUCAGCAAGGUCCUCGCCGCAUCCGGAGUUGCGUCGAGGAGAAGCUGCGAGGAGCUUAUCUUUGAAGGGAAAGUUACGGUGAAUGGUUCCGCGUGUACUACGCCUCAGACUAGAGUUGAUCCUGCGAAGGAUGUUAUCUAUGUGAAUGGAAACCGGCUUCCCAAGAGGCAACCUCAGAAGGUUUAUUUGGCCUUGAACAAACCGAAAGGGUAUAUAUGUUCGUCUGGGGAGAACGAGUCUAAAUCUGUGAUAAGUUUAUUUGAUGAUUUUUUGAAGACUUGGGAUAAAAAGCAUCCGGGGGUACCCACACCACGGCUAUUUACUGUAGGGCGCCUUGAUGUUGCUACUACUGGGCUAAUUAUUGUGACUAACGAUGGGGAUUUUGCUCAAAAGCUUUCACAUCCUUCGUCUAAUUUAUCAAAAGAAUACAUUGCCACAGUCGAUGGUUCAAUUUACAAGAGGCACUUAAUAGCCAUAAGUGAGGGAACAACCAUUGAGGGUGUCCAUUGUGUACCUGAUGCUGUGGAGUUACUUCCACGUCAGGCAGAUAUGCAAAGAGCUCGUAUUCGCAUUGUGGUCCAUGAAGGGAGGAAACAUGAAGUUCGUGAACUUGUAAAAAAUGCUGGACUUGAGAUUCAUUCGUUAAAGCGAGUACGUAUCGGUGGGUUUAGACUUCCACCAGACCUUGGGUUAGGAAAGUAUAUUGAGUUAAAUCCGACGAACCUUAACGCAUUGGGGUGGAAGAGUUAACAAAUACGCUUCUAAAUAAUUGGAGUUAAAUAUUUCUCGAGCUUGCUUAUUCAGAUUGGAACAGCUCUGAUGCCAUUGUUGUUUGUCAGCAUUACUUGUUGGAUUUGAGCUGUUGAAUUCUGAUACCUGGUGAAAUGAUUGAGAUUAUUGAACAGUGGCAGGGCUCACUGUGGAGUGUUUGACGUGAAGCCAAUAUGCUGUGGAAGAGCUGGGAGAAGAUUUUAAACUAGUGCUUAGGAGAGGUACGAGCUUUUCCUAAUAACGUGAAACCCGGGAAUUGGUGAUAUCUUUAUUGAAAUCGUUGUAAACUGUGCGAAUUGUCUAUAAAAUGACACAAGUUUAACCUAGAA